AUGGCACGGAGAUUAGUUAGAAAAGCUGGAAAAGUUGUGGGAUUGAUAUGUCUUCCAAUCGCGUUUCUGGACGGCAUUGGCCAGCCGGCUUUGGUUCAAGGAACUUCGAUGGAGGUGAGUUUGUUUUAGAUUUUUGGGUGUUAAUAUCUUUUUUAUUCUUAACAUUAAGUGUAUUAUGAGUUGAUUCAUAUUUGGAUCAACUCAUAAUACACUUAAUCGAGAUUUUACUUGUUAAAUAUGUUUAUUUGACUUAAGUUUUCGUAAUUUAGCCAACGUUAAAAGGUAACAGUUCGAAAUGGUACAACAACGACAUUGUGUGGUUGAGGAAACAGUUUAUACGACCUCACGAAGGAGACAUUUUUGUUUUUAUGUGAGUUUGGUUAUUUUUAUGCUUACUUUGAUCUUUAGAUCGCCAAGGAAUGAAAGGGAAAGAUUAAUAAAGCGAGUAGUUGCUGAACCUGGAGAACGUGUGCAUUGGAAGGAUUCAACCAGGUAAAUCUUUUUGUUAAUUGUUGUCAUGUUAAUUUUGAUUUAUAUUCUGUUGAUUUGGGUUAUAUUCAGUUUUAAUUUUUAUAAUAAUUGAUUGAGGAAAAACUCAACAAAUCAUACUUAACAUAGUUUUAGGUUCACAGUUCCUUUGCAUCACUAUUGGGUCAAAGCUGACAACCCAAAAUGUGCUAUAGAUUCUACUUAUUUUGGUGCAGUGAAUAUUGGUCUGAUGGAAGGCAAAGCGACACAUGUUAUAUGGCCGCCAAGUCGGUGGAGGAAGCUAUAG